GUCAACAGCAGUAGCUACUGAAGCUGGAAAAGAGGCGGACAACUGGUCCGCACAAUGAACAUUAGCACACCUCAGGAGUAGGUUUUAGCCGGAGAAGACAGUCGUUUUGUCCGUUUGAAAAGUUAAACAGGCCCCGAGCUCGUCUUCGGUGAAUUGUGAAGCCUGAGAGAUUAGAAACAAGCCAAAGAGCGAGGAUGUUGGUCCCCGCGGGAAGAUAAUGAAGAGGCUGCGCGUUUUGUUGGUGUGCCUCGUUGUAGCUCUCCUGUGCUGGUUCCCCAGUCAACAUGUGUUUUGUUCAGAGCAGAGCUCGUCUGGCUCAGGUCAGUCAGCCGGGGACAACAACCCUGUCGGCCACGAGCAGGAGCAGGAGCUGGACUCCACGCAACACAAGGUGGACGAGUGGACGACACACACAUCAUACGAUAUGGGACUAGAGACGGAGAGAGCAGCACUACAGCUGGAAACACACAGCUACACACACCAAGAACAGACUGUGAAUCCUCAGGAGGCGGAGGUGGAGGAAACCAGGCCGGACCCAGAGUCCGAUACUGUAUCCGCUGCUCCUGAGCCACAACCCCAAACAGAGCCCCCCCACACUGAUUCGGACCUACAGGCCGACACACAGGACCAUGACCAGGACCCCCCGGUGUCCUCCACUCCAGAGCCAGCUCCAGCACAGGGCCACGUGUCCACAGACGGCCCGGCCCAAGCAGAAACCCACAGUGACGGCCCUGCUGCACACCCCAGUCUGGACUCCAACCAGGCCACACUCCCAGAUGAAGCUGACAACACACCUACCUCACAGAGCGCCGGCCCAGUCCACACAGGUGCAGUGCGGGUUGCCAGUGCAGGAGAUGAAUUCCCAGUAGACAGCUUUGUCUUUGCUGAGCACUCUGAUUCACAGUGCGGGGUCAUUCCCCCCAAACUGGCAACCUGUGAAAACUCCCCUUUUGGCAGCCCUCUCCUCAGUGUGGACGACGCCGGCGUAGAAGACCAGCGGUCAGACCACAGUCUCAGUUCUGGUCCGGAAGCAGAGCUCCAGCCUGCUCCAGGCAACGUGGACCAGGAACAACAACAACAACAACAACAACAACAACAACAACAACAGCGGCAGCAGCAGCAGCAGCGGCGGCGGCAGGAGCUGGAGGAUGGGCUGUCUGAUUUGGACCGGGAGGCCAACACCUCCCACCACCAAGAACAGCAGGCGGGGGAGGCCAGUAUCGGCAGAGAGACUGAUCCCUCGGUGCCGAGUAAAGAGGACAUCCCCACCUUCGACGAGUGGAAGAAACAAGUGAUGGAGGUGGAGAAGGAGAAGAGUCAGUCUCUCCACACCUCAGCCAGCGGCAGCCCCCACCCCGUGAAGAAGGUCCAGAAAAACUUCAAGAAUAACUACGCGUCCGUGGAGUGUGGAGCCAAGAUACUGUCUGCCAACAACGAGGCCAAGAGCACUUCAGCUAUUCUCAUGGAAAACAUGGACCUGUACAUGCUGAAUCCCUGCAGCAACAAAAUCUGGUUUGUGAUAGAGCUCUGUGAACCUAUUCAAGUCAAGCAGCUGGACAUCGCUAACUUCGAGCUCUUCUCAUCGACACCCAAAGACUUCCUGGUUUCCAUCAGCGACAGAUAUCCGACCAACAAGUGGGUGAAGCUGGGGACGUUCCACGCCCGCGACGAGCGCAUCGUCCAGAGCUUCCCACUGGACGAACAGCUUUACGCUAAAUAUGUGAAGAUGUUCAUCAAGUACAUAAAGGUUGAGCUGCUCUCGCACUUUGGAUCAGAACAUUUCUGUCCCCUCAGUCUCAUCAGGGUGUUUGGUACCAGCAUGGUGGAGGAGUACGAGGAGAUAGCUGACUCUCAGUACCCUUCAGAGAGACUGGAGUACCUGGAUGAAGACUAUGAUUAUCCUCCUGGUUACCAACCGUCAGAGGACAAGGCCUCUAAAAACCUGCUUGGCUCAGCAACCAAUGCCAUCUUAAACAUGGUAAACAACAUUGCUGCUAACGUGCUGGGUGGGAAGCCGGAGCUGGAGGGUGGAGCAGAAACAGGAGGAAACACGACAGCGGAGGGGGAUGGAAAGACGGGCGGCACAGAAGUUAAAGCCAAACCUCCUGAAACAACUCACGACUCUGCAGAACCGGAGCCCGCAGAACCAGAACACCCUGCCCCCCAGGAGGACUCCAACGUCUCCAGUGACUCCUCCCCACCUCCUCCCUCCUCCUCGCCCGUCUCCCCCGACGACAGGCAGAUCGUCACUCUGGUGGAGGAGGAGGAGGAUGAAGAGCCCAGACAGUCGACCGUCACCCUGAUGGAGGAGGAGGGAGAGGAGGAGGAAGAGAAGAGAGAGGAGGAGACGCGGAGGGAGGCAGACAGGAACCAGUGGGAGAGCCGGACGUACUGUCCCUUCUCCUCCUUCUCCUCCCUGUCUCUGUCCUGCGUGGUCACUCUGCCGGAGCUGCUCCACCGCUGGUGCUCCGCCCGGCUCGCCAAGGAGAGGCUGCGCAGCCUCAGGCGGAGGCAGACCAGCGCUCAAUCACAGACUCACCUGGUAGUGAACACACCUGUCCUCACGAGCACACCCCCACACAUCCCUGUCCCUGCACCCACCCCCCCACAGGAAGCCCUCCCCCUCACAGAGAAGGCCCCGGAGCCCGAGGUGUCCGCCCGGGGCCAGACGGAGGGCGAGGCGUACGUCACUCACACACAUGUCAACACUCACACUCCAGACCUGCACAUGCUGCUGGAGCCCAGCAGGACCUCCAUCACCCCCCCACACAGCUUCUCAGACGUCCACAGCUCUGUGACGCGGCCCACCCCCACCCACGAGGAGAAGCUGCCCCCCCCCAUCAAAGACGCAGCCCUGGACCCAGUCCUCACCCCCCCCCUUCAAGCAGUCUCCAUCCCAGAGACGCAGCAGGCCAGCAGCACCACCCCCACCCUCUCUGUCAGCCCCCCCACACACCCCCUGUCCUCAGAGACGGCGUCUCCUGGUGUGACGGUUCCUCCCGUCAAGGAGACGCCUGUUCAGCCGCUCCCCACCGCAUCACGGCCUGAAGACCUGAUCCCCCCCCCCACUGACCUGCCGGCAGCUGUCCCAUCGACGGACGCUCACACAGACGCAGCGAAGCCCGGCGCAGACGCUGGCGACUCGCAGAGACGCGGCGCCCAGACUCACGGGGAGCAGGCGGACUCUGUCCCUCAGACCGGAGAGCCCCCCCGGGCGGACGACUCGGUGGACGAGGACCUGCUGAGCGCUAACGGGAACGGCAACGUCCAGCGGACAGCCACAGACUUCUAUGCAGAGCUGCAGAACGGGGGGGAUUAUAACGGCGGGGCGGCGAACGGCAACGGCGUGCUGUUGAACGGGGCGGCGGUGCACGGCUCCAGCCAGAAGGAGAGCGUGUUCAUGAGGCUGAACAACAGGAUCAAAGCUCUGGAGAUGAACAUGAGUCUGUCCAGCAGAUACCUGGAGGAGCUCAGCCAGAGGUACCGUAAACAGAUGGAGGAGAUGCAGAGAGCGUUCAACAAGACCAUCAUCAAACUGCAGAACACGUCCCGCAUCGCUGAAGAGCAGGACCAGAAGCAGACCGACUCCAUCCAGGUGCUGCAGAACCAGCUGGAGAACGUCACCAAGCUGAUGUUAAAUCUCACGGCUGCGGUCGGCCAGCUGCAGAGAGAGGUGUCCGACCGUCAGAGUUACCUGGUCGUGUCUCUGGUCCUGUGUCUGUCUCUGGGCCUCCUGCUGUGUCUGCAGUGCUGCCGCAGCUCCGCCCCCAGCCCCAGCACCACUGCUGCUGCCCUCCCCAAGAGCAACCACUACCCCAGCCCUAAAAGAUGCUUCUCCUCUUACGACGACAUGAGCCUGAAGCGGAGGGUCACCUGUCCGCUGGUCCGCUCCAAGUCGUUCCACCUGUCCUCCACAGAAGUAGGUCCAGAUGACUUGUACAUUGUAGAACCUCUAAGGUUUUCUCCAGAGAAAAAGAAAAAACGCUGCAAGACAAAGUCACUGGACAAGGUUGAGAGUGUGAAGGCGUCCGAUCCCUCUGCUCCGCUCACAAACGGCGGCCCCAAGUGUAACGGCUUCCACCCAUGCCUCCCUGCCCCGCCCCCUGCCCUACCCCCUCCUCCUCCUCUUCCUCUCCCUCCUCCCCCGCCGCCGCCUCGCCCUCCCUCCACAGAGGAGGAGCCGCCGUUGCCAACUUGCACCUCCAAGGAGUUCCCGUCAGAGACCAGCAGCUGCAGCUCAUCCACCCACUCCGAGGAGUCCUACACGAGCCGCCUCCCCCCUCCCUCUCCCACCUUCCCCACCGCCGGCCUGUGCAACGGCCACAGCCUGAGCUUCCCCCUCCAGCAGUCCCCCGCCAAGUCCCGUCACGAGAAACGCUCCGUGAAGCGGCGGAAGUCGCGGCAGACGGAGCUGCAGUUCCCGCACAUGCCUGCGGGGGGCGUGGCCACGCUGCCCAGCCUGCAGCAGCUGAUGAAGGGAAACAAGGAGAUCAGUGUCGGGACCAUCAGGGUGACCGCCGUCACCGGACACGUCUGAAACACUCACACUCACUUUUACACAACUCUGUGCGCACACACACACACACACACACACACACACACACACACACACACACACACACACACACACACACACAGAGAGUAUAUGGUAGCAGACUUGUGAGGAGAUGAGGUCUUACUGCAUCCCAAAGAACCACAUUUCCCAUGAGCACCUAGGCGCACCGUGGAACUGCAGUGGCUCUGGCAGCAGUAGCUCCUCCCCCUGUCACAGACCUGUUUAAGGUCACGUGCCUUUAUACCUGUUCCAGACCUUUUAAAGCUUCGUGCUGUGGGCGGGAGACUCUGUGCUGGGGAGGGACACAUUCAUACAAAUCCAUUCACGUGUGUUCAAGAGGUUUUUUUCUAAUGGAUAAGCACAUUGUCCCAUGACAGCCCCCACCCCCACCCCCCCACCCCGACUCUGAGCACAGCGAGGAGAGGUGUGGCCUCGACUCCACGCUCCUCCUCCUACAGGAAGCAUCAAGUGUUAGUCUGAUCCUCUGAGAGCACGACGGAUUUCUUCUUCUUUCCUUCUUGUCCGACGUCGUCAUCACUUUGAUCUCGUGUUGCAUCCCAACAUGUAGGUGUUUGUAUGGGACCAUCUCUCUGUCUGUCUGUCUGUCUCUGUCUGUCUGUCUCUGUCUCUGUCUGUCUGUCUCUCUGUCUCUGUCUGUCUGUCUCUCUGUCUGUCUCUCUGUCUGUCUGUCUCUGUCUGUCUCUCUGUCUGUCUCUGUCUGUCUCUCAUUCUGUCUCUGUCUGUCUCUCUGUCUGUCUCUCUGUCUGUCUCUCUGUCUGUCUCUCUGUCUGUCUCUGUCUGUCUCUCUGUCUGUCUCUGUGUCUGUCUCUCUCUCUGUGUCUGUCUCUGUCACACCGACCGUCAGAGCUGAAUGAAGAAAGUGACGCUGCCUGUGGUGAAGCAGUGAAUGUGUCCGUCCCUGCAGCAGCAGCAGCUGUGUGACGAUCCUCAGGUAGUCAGAGAGGUCAGAGAGGUCAGAGAGGUCAGAGAGGUCAGAGAGGUCAGAGAGGUCAGAGAGGUCAGAGAGGUUGUUGCUGUUACAGAUGAAGGUGAAUAUUACAGGGUUCAGACUUUAUACUUUGUCUUUUCAUAUUUUAUUUUUUCUUUCAUCCAUAACUGAGCCGUGCUCCUCUCUUAUUGUUGGUCAGAAGGAAAAAGGUUUCUCUCUUUAUUUUUAUUUGUGGGGGGGCACAGGGUAGCACAGUUGAAUGUUUACACUUUUACCACACCUACACACACCUACACACACCUACACACACCUACACACACACACACACACACACACACACCUCCCCCUUGGGGCCCUGCAGUGGAGUCUGACGGAGCAGUUUUAUUUAUGUAUUUAUUUAUUUAAAUGACAGAUGUUCUAACAGUUCCUGUUUCUGUCCGUCUCCGUCUGCAGCGUCUCAGCGUCUCGUCUCCGGUACCGACUCAGCCGCUUCUGUUUUUAUUGUAUUUUAACAUUUCAUCAUGAGCUCUGACUUUCUGACAUUAUAACUAACUGAGACGUCAGACAGCAAUCACAGAACUAUUGAUUAUUGAUUUAGGCUACGUGUUAAUUAGGAUCAUCACACUGCUGCUUUCGUUUGUGUCCAGAGCUGCUGGGUGGGUGGAGAAGUGGGAGGGGCUGAGCUGAGUGUUGAUUUCAUUACUGACCCCUGUGUGUGUGCGUGCAUGUGUGCGUGCAUGUGUGUGUGUGUGUGGUUUCUGACUGGCUCUGUGUGGUUGGACUCGUGGACGUCGGGACAGAGACAGAACUCUCUUCUACCUUUGCUCUCUCAUCAGAGCGUCAUGUGACCAGCUUCUGCAGCGCUCUGUUCUCUUUGCGUAUCUUCAUCCACCUUCAUCCACUCCUCUUCAUCCACCUCUGACCUCUGACCCCGCUGCACGACUUCCUCUGUGACUGUGAAGGAAACGUUUUAAUAUGCCUGCUUUAUGAACUACUCUAACAUGUUCCCGUCAGGAGCUCCAACAUCCUCUCUCCAUCUAAACACCUGCUUUCCUGACGAGCUUCUCCUCCUCCACAUCCUCACUCCCAUUGUGCGCCCGCUCCGUCUUUUAUUCACGCGUCACCGCUCCGCCGCCGCUUCAUGCGAUGCCUCUGAUGAUGAACAUGGUCUGUGAAGAGAAGGACGUGAAUCGUUGUUAAAUAAAGGGAACGCAGCAAAGGUGGUUCUGAGUUGGAACACUAUUAAUGUGAUUCUGUUUGAGUUUUUUUUUUAACCCUUUUUGAAUGUGUAUGAUCUCAUGUUGGUGUGUGUGUAAACCUGUAUACAUGUCAGGAUUGUUUUGCUGUUGAUCUCCUGUAUGUGUGAGUGUCUGUGUUAUGAGAAAGACUACUUUUGAAUCUACUUAUCCCCAUAACACAGCGAAUAGGGAGACAGCCCUCGGUGAGAUUUUAGGAGCUCAGUGUGCACUUUGUAUGACUCCUCAUGCCUUUUGUUGUUUUUCUUACCUUAUAUGUCAAGUGCUAUCUUUUCUUUUCUCUCUCUCUCUCCCUCCCUCUCUUUCUCUCUGUGAGUACUCUGAAGAGCUGCACAGUAUUUUUGAGCAGGAGUGAGUUACUACAGUAACUGUAGUGCCAUUAGAAACUGUGAAUUUCUAAAUAAAACCUUUUUUUGUCGUCUUUCA